GAGAGGAAGUGGAGGAGCAGCCGGAAGUAGCCGGAAACCCAGACUGAUAGACUUUGACAAGAGCCGGAGCUACAGAAAGGUGGUGGCCAGCCAUGGAGUUGGGCGAGCUGCUUUACAACAAGUCCGAGUACAUUGAAACGGCGUCUGGGAACAAAGUUAGUCGGCAGUCUGUGCUGUGUGGAAGCCAGAACAUCGUCCUUAAUGGCAAGACCAUUGUGAUGAACGACUGUAUUAUCCGAGGGGAUCUGGCAAAUGUAAGAGUCGGACGCCAUUGUGUUGUGAAAAGUCGUAGCGUCAUAAGGCCACCGUUCAAGAAAUUCAGCAAAGGAGUGGCAUUCUUUCCCUUACAUAUCGGGGACCAUGUCUUUAUUGAGGAAGACUGUGUGGUCAAUGCAGCUCAGAUUGGUUCUUAUGUUCACGUUGGGAAGAACUGUGUGAUUGGGCGCCGGUGUGUGUUGAAAGACUGUUGCAAAAUUCUUGACAACACAGUAUUACCCCCAGAAACUGUGGUCCCACCAUUCACCGUCUUCUCAGGCUGCCCAGGACUCUUCUCAGGGGAGCUUCCAGAGUGUACCCAGGAGCUGAUGAUUGAUGUCACCAAGAGCUACUACCAGAAGUUUCUGCCCCUGACACAAGUCUAG